CUCCUUUCCAUUUGCCAUUUCCGACCAAUAUGACUAAGCUUGUGCUGCUCAUCCGAGGAGCUGCACUACUGCUUUGUCUAUUGAUCUCUCAAGUAGCAUCCACUUCCCAUGGCCAAGCGAGUGGGUCCGGCGCCUGCAUCAGCAGUGAGCGAGAUGCGCUUUUGUCCUUCAAGGCAAGCCUCCUGGACCCUGCUGGCCAUCUCUCGUCAUGGCAAGGUGAGGAUUGUUGCCAAUGGAAGGGAGUCCGCUGCGGCAACCGAACUGGCCAUCUCAUCAAGCUCAACCUCCGCAACAUCGACAUGGAGGACUACAUGGGCAACAUGGACUACUACAUGGACAACAUGGACUACAUGUACUACAUGUACGACAUGGGCAACAUGUACGACUACAACUACCCGAACAGGAGCAGAUCAUUGAGCUUGUCGGCAGGCGAGAUGAGCUCUUCUUUGGCUACUUUACAACACCUGAGGUACCUUGAUCUGAGCGGGAAUGACUUCAACGGCACAAGCAUCCCUGUCUUCUUGUCUUCUCUCAAGAACCUAAGGUAUCUCAACCUCUCGUCAGCACGAUUCAGUGGGAGAAUACCUUCUGAACUUGGCAAUCUCUCAAAGUUGCAAUAUCUUGAUCUCAGUAGGAAUUAUGAUUAUUAUGGGAAUUGGUCUUACAUAGUGGAUCUUGCAUGGUUGUCACGUCUCUCUUUGUUGAGUCAUCUUGACAUGAGCUAUGUGGAUCUUAGCUCUGCGAGGGAUUGGUUUCAGAUGGUUAGCAUGCUUCCUUCUCUGAAAGUGCUUCGCUUGUCCGAGUGUGGACUCAAUGGUACUAUAUCUGCUAGUAUAUCAAUUUCCAACCUCACACAUCUUGAGGUCCUAGAUGUGUCUGAUAACACCUUCAGAAUACCUUCCCAAUUUGGCAAUCUCUCAAAGUUGCAAUAUCUUGAUGUGAGUUGGAAUUUUUAUCCGAAUGUGGAUCAUGCAUGGUUGUCACGUCUCUCUUCGUUGAGCCAUCUUGACAUGAGUUCUGUGGAUCUUGGUUCUGCGAGGGAUUGGUUUCAGAGUGUUAAUAUGCUUCCUUCUCUUAAAGUGCUUGGCUUGUCCGGUUGUGGACUCAACAGCACCAUGUCUGCUAGUAUAUCACUUUCCAACCUCACACAUCUCGAAGUCCUUGAUAUGUCUAGUAACAACUUCAAUACUUCACUCAAACAUGCAUGGUUUUGGAAUCUCAAAAGCCUUAAGGAGCUUUACCUCUCCUAUUCCUGGUGGAUAGGGUCUAUUCCUAGUGAUUUGGCAAACAUGACGGCCCUUCAAGUCAUAGAUUUAAGUGGGAAUCAGCUCGUGGGUUUGAUACCAGAAAAAUUGGGAAAUUUGUGCAAUUUGACCAGAAUGAGGUUCAGUGGUAACAACAUAGGUUCGAGCAUAGAGGAGCUCAUGGAGCGAUUGCCAAAGUGCUCAUGGAAUACAUUGCAAGAAUUUUCGGUGCACGAUGCAAAUAUGACAGCGAGUCUACCCAGUUGGAUUGGUAACAUGACCAAUCUCAGUGUCCUUCGAGCAUCUCAAAACAUGUUGACUGGCCCUCUACCUGUAGGAGUUGGAACACUGAGUAGUUUGAAAUGGCUGAACCUCAGGAACAAUAGCUUCAGUGGUGUGCUCUUGAAAGAACAAUUUGCAAAUUUAGGUAAAUUAGAGCUUUUGGGCCUCAGCCACAAUAACUUCAGCGGUGUGCUAUUGAAAGAACAAUUUGCUGGUUUAGGCAACUUAAAGGUUUUGGAGCUUAGCUACAAUAGCUUCAACAGUGUGAAAGAACAAUUUGCAAGCUUAGGCAAAUUAGAGCAUUUGGACCUUAGCCACAAUAACUUGAGCAGUGUGCUAUUGAAAGAACAUUUUGCUGGUUUAGGCAACUUAAAGGUUUUGGAUCUCAGCUACAAUAACUUCAACAAUGUGAAAGAACAAUUUGCAAGCUUAGGAAAAUUAGAGCAUUUGGACCUUAGCCACAAUAACUUGAGCGGUGUGCUAUUGAAAGAACAUUUAGCUGGUUUAGGCAACUUAAAGGUUUUGGAUCUCAGCUACAAUAACUUCAACAGUGUGAAAGAACAAUUUGCAAGCUUAGGCAAAUUAGAGAAUUUGAACCUCAGCCACAAUAACUUCAACAGUGUGAAAGAACAUUUUGCAAGUUUCGGAAACUUAAAGCUUUUGGAUCUCAGCUACAACAAAUUCAGUGGUGUGCUCUUCAAUGAAGAUUUUGCAAGUCUAGGUAAUAUGGAGCAUUUGGACCUCAGCUAUAAUAACUUCAGUGAUUUUCUCUUGAAAGAACACUCAGAAAGUUCAGGUAAUUUAAAGCAUCUGGAUCUUAGCCAUAAUAAAUUAGAUAGUGUGCUCGUGGAGAAGCAUUUUGCAGGCCUAUUGAAUUUAGAGUAUCUGGACUUGUCGUACAACUCUUUGAGAUUUGCUAUCAACCAAAAAUGGGUUCCAACAUUUAGAUUAAAGGUUGCAAAAUUCCAAUCAUGCAAACUGGGGCCCAUUUUUCCAGAGUGGCUGAAAUGGCAAUCUGAUAUUGAUGUUCUUGUUCUUAGUGAUUCAAAUAUAGAUGAUGUUAUUCCUGAUUGGUUUUGGGUAACAUUUUCCCGAGCUUCAACCUUGCAAGCAUCAGGAAACAAAUUGCGUGGCUCAUUACCGGCAAAUCUACAACACAUGUCAGCUAAGUAUAUACAUCUCGGGUCCAAUAAGUUGACAGGCCAAGUUCCACAGUUGCCUAUACAUAUAAGCCGACUGGACCUAUCUUCAAACUCUUUAUCUGGGUCAUUGCCAUCUGAGUUGUAUGCUCCUACACUCGAAGACUUGAUGCUUGCAAAUAAUCAACUUACAGGCACCAUCCCAUUGUCUAUAUUCCAAUUGACUUUUCUGUAUAGGUUGGACCUAUCAGGAAACCAUUUAGAAGGAGAUAUUAUGCAGUGUUGGAAGGAAUCUGAUGCAAACUCUACAAGUCAAUUUGGUUGGGACUUGUUCAGCUUAGCCCUAAAUAACAACAAUUUGACUGGUCAAUUCCCUAAAUUUCUUGCAAGGUCAUCGCAAUUGAUGUUCCUUGACCUUUCUUACAACAGGUUAUUUGGAGGAUUGCCAGAAUGGUUGCCAGAAAAAAUCCCACAGUUGAAAAUAUUAAGAGUGAGAUCAAAUAUGUUCAGUGGUCAUAUUCCUCAGAGUUUCACUUCCCUUCGCCAUCUUCACUAUUUGGACAUAGCGCACAACGACAUGUCAGGAAGCAUACCAUGGUCUUUGUCAAACUUGAAUGCAAUGAUGGCAGUAGUGUCGCAUGGCACGAUUGAUUACUUUCAUGAAGAGAGCAUCCCAGUAAUCAUGAAGGAUCAAAAGCGUGAUUACACCUUUGCAAUCUACAAGCUACUGGUAAUUCUUGAUUUGUCAAGUAAUAGUUUGGCAGGAGAGAUUCCAGAAGAGAUAACUCUACUCAUUGGACUUACCAAUCUGAACUUGUCAAAUAAUCAGUUCAUUGGAACAAUCCCAAACCAAGUAGGUGAUUUAAAGCGGUUGGAGUCACUCGACUUAUCCUACAAUGAGUUUUCUGGUGCAAUACCAUCAAGUUUGUCAGCUUUAACUUAUUUGAGCCACUUGAACUUGUCAUACAACAAUCUGUCCGGUGCAAUACCACCCGGACAACAGCUACAAACUCUUGGCAACCAGAUGUAUAUCUACAUCGGUAACCCUGGUCUUUGUGGAGAUCCGGUUGGCAGGAACUGCUCAACACAUGAUGCAGAGCAAAGUGGCCUCGGAGAUAUAAAUCAUAUGCCAUCCGUUUAUCUUGCCACGAGCAUUGGAUUUGUGGUGGGUCUGUGGACAGUUUUCUGCACCAUGUUGAUGAAGAGAACAUGGAGGGCUGCCUUCUUCCAGUUUGUUGAUAUGAUGUACGACAUGGUUUAUGUGCAAGUGGCUGUAAGGUGGGCUCACAUGAUGGAGAAAACUCAAGAUGGUGCACCAUGAAGUGCCCAACUCCGCGGCAAGCGGAUCGCGUGUAUCUAAAUAGUAUUUGUAUGUUUCACCAUUUCCCUAUUUGUAGCUCUGAAGGAGCCUUGGCUGGAUGGUCUGUACUGUACUGUAUUGUUAUUUGUAUGUUUGGACCAUUUCCCUAUUUGUAGCUCUAUAAAGGAGCAUUGGCUGGUCGUUUGUACUGUAUUGAAUUGGUAGUUGUAUGUCUGUACUUUAACAAAUGAAGUGUAUGUAUAUGUUUUGCUGGAUUGUUUAAGCUGAAGAAUAUACAGCCCCAUAACUGUA